CGGCGGCCGGGGAGGCCCGGGAGGCCGCGGUGCGGUCACUGCGAGCCGAGCCGAGCCGCGCCGAUCGCCCUCCGGCCCCGGCUCCCGCGAGCGAUCCCGGCCGGCGGCGCGGCCCGGCGGGCCCGGCGGCGCCGCAGCCCAUGGAGCUCGAGAACAUCGUAGCGAACACGGUGCUACUCAAGGCCCGGGAAGGUGGUGGUGGGAAUCGCAAAGGCAAAAGCAAGAAAUGGCGACAGAUGCUGCAGUUUCCCCACAUCAGCCAGUGUGAAGAGCUGCGGCUCAGCCUCGAGCGUGACUACCAUAGUCUGUGCGAGCGGCAGCCCAUCGGGCGCCUGCUAUUCCGUGAGUUCUGCGCAACGAGGCCCGAGCUGACCCGCUGCAUUGCCUUCCUGGAUGGAGUGGCCGAGUAUGAAGUGACCCCCGACGAGAAGCGGAAGGCCUGUGGGCGGCGACUAGUGCAGAAUUUUCUGAGCCACACGGGUCCUGACCUCAUCCCUGAGGUCCCCCGGCAGCUGGUGACUAAUUGCUCCCAGCGGCUGGAGCAGGGGCCCUGCAAAGACCUCUUCCAGGAGCUCACCCGGCUGACCCACGAGUACCUGAGCAUGGCUCCUUUUGCCGACUACCUCGACAGCAUCUACUUCAACCGUUUCCUACAGUGGAAGUGGCUGGAAAGGCAGCCAGUGACCAAAAACACCUUCAGGCAGUACCGAGUCCUGGGCAAAGGCGGCUUUGGUGAGGUGUGUGCCUGCCAGGUUCGGGCAACGGGCAAGAUGUACGCAUGCAAGAAGCUGGAGAAGAAGAGGAUCAAGAAGCGGAAAGGGGAGGCCAUGGCACUGAAUGAGAAGCAAAUCCUGGAGAAAGUGAACAGUAGGUUUGUAGUGAGCUUAGCCUAUGCCUACGAGACCAAGGACGCGCUGUGCCUGGUGCUGACGCUGAUGAACGGAGGCGACCUCAAAUUCCACAUCUACCACAUGGGCCAGGCUGGCUUCCCCGAGGCGCGCGCUGUCUUCUACGCCGCGGAGAUCUGCUGCGGCCUGGAGGACCUGCACCGUGAGCGCAUCGUGUACAGGGACCUGAAGCCGGAGAACAUCCUACUGGAUGACCACGGUCAUAUCCGAAUCUCUGACCUGGGGCUGGCGGUGCACGUGCCAGAGGGCCAGACCAUCAAGGGUCGUGUGGGCACUGUGGGCUACAUGGCUCCAGAGGUGGUGAAGAAUGAACGGUACACAUUCAGCCCAGACUGGUGGGCGCUGGGCUGCCUCCUCUAUGAGAUGAUCGCAGGCCAGUCCCCCUUCCAGCAGAGGAAAAAGAAAAUCAAGCGAGAGGAGGUGGAGCGGUUAGUGAAGGAGGUGCCUGAGGAAUACUCGGAGCGCUUUUCCCCGCAGGCCCGCUCGCUCUGCUCCCAGCUCCUGUGCAAGGACCCCGCUGAGCGCCUGGGGUGUCGUGGAGGUGGUGCCCGCGAAGUGAAGGAACACCCCCUCUUCAAGAAGCUGAACUUCAAGCGGCUGGGAGCUGGCAUGCAGGAGCCACCCUUCAAGCCUGACCCCCAGGCCAUUUACUGCAAGGAUGUUCUGGACAUCGAACAGUUUUCCACAGUAAAGGGCGUGGAGCUGGAGCCCACUGACCAGGACUUCUACCAGAAGUUUGCCACGGGCAGUGUGCCCAUCCCCUGGCAGAAUGAGAUGGUGGAGACGGAGUGCUUCCAGGAGCUGAAUGUCUUUGGGCUUGAUGGCUCGGUUCCCCCAGACCUGGACUGGAAGGGUCAGCCCCCUGCGCCCCCCAAGAAGGGACUGCUGCAGAGACUCUUCAGCCGUCAGGAUUGCUGUGGGAACUGCAGCGACAGUGAGGAAGAGCUCCCCACCCGCCUCGAGCUCCCCACCCGCCUCUAGCCCCCAGCCUGAGGCCCCCACCGGUGGUUGGCGGUAGCAGCUACUCCGAGCGCUGUUUACAGUUUUGCACAGUGGUCUUCCCCAUUGCCCACGCGAGUUGUGGCCUGGGGAACACAGCCGGAGCUGUCCCCGGUGUCCUCUGCCCCUCAGCCCCUGAUCUGGCUGGGCUCGGGCAAGGCCUGGGCUGUCCCUGGGACAAAGGUGCGUCCCUUCAGCUCUUGUCUGUGGAGCUUGGGGCUUUCUGUAUUUAUGUAUUUGUACGAAUGUAUAUAGCAACCAGAGCGUUCUUAAGACCCACCCUGGAGCUGGCAGAGGGGCCACUGCCAAACUCAAGGCUCCUUGGGCCCAGCUUGGACAGGCCGAGACUGGGCCAGACAAGGCCCUUGAGCCCCCAGCACUGUGCUCGCCACCGCCGACCUCCGAGUGAGACUCAUGCCUGCCUCUGCCGCCCUGGGCUCGGGCCACCACCUCUGGGGUCCAUUGUUGUCCCUUCUCAGCACUUGUCAAAGCUGGAUCUGGGGCCUCUGUAUCCCCUAGGCCUGUGCCAAAGUGUGACCAGAGAUUGGGCUGACCCUGGGACCCAUCAGUCCACUGCCCAGGCUGUCCCAGAUGGGUCUGCCUCUGCCUUCCAGCUCCCAGGGUGCCUCGUCCCUCAUGCUGGGCCCUGUCCU